CAAACAUACCUGGAGAAGGGUAAGUGUGUAGUUUAUUCUGUGGUGUCAAUUUGAAUAAUGCUCCUCGAUACAGUACCAUUGAAAUGUGAUUUUUUGGUGAUGCAACACUUUUCAUAAAACUAGAGAAAGGACAAGUUGUUUUUUUUCUUAUAUUUAUAAUAACAGGUGCAGUGUGACUUUUGUAUCACAUGAGAGCAAAAUAAACCCUUUUCACAGUACAAAUCAAACCACUUAAUUCUGCAUUUUUUGUUAUUUGCCUUCAUGUUUUCCAGCCCUCCUCUCAGAAAUGGCACUGCUGCUUCUCCUGACCACAGCAGGACAGUCGACAGCGCUGACUCACAGCCCCCAGACCACAGAAACUCCUCUUCUCUCAAACGUAUUGCUGACCACACAGCUCAACAACAGCAGCAUGGACAGUGCUCUGGUUAUGCACUCACACAGGCCAUGUAGAAGCGAACAUGAAAAUUACUGUGAAAACGGUGGAGAGUGCAUGUACCCGCAAGACAAUGACAAACCUUUUUGCAUCUGCACAUCCUCGUACAGUGGGCCUCGCUGCUUGUUCUUCAAUGGUCACACUCGCUCUCUGCCUGAGAUAGAGCAGCUAAUUGGCAUCAGCAUUGGGGUAGUCAUGCUCAUCUUUCUUCUGGCCAUCGCCAUUUACUGCUUUGCCCAUCAAAGGUGUAUAAAAUCAGCACCACUCAUAAAAUCGGCACCAUCUGAGAUGUUUGUGUGACGCCCAUCAUUUCAUUAUACCAUGUAAUUUAUCAUUCAAACAAGCAAAUGCUGUGAAAUGAAGUCAUCUACAGUAGAUGGGGAAACACUUAACUGUGUCUCAUGUGUCAGAGAGGGUCAGGUAUUAAU